UGUGAUUAUUCCAGGAAGAAGGGGAAACACUGAACUGCGUCAACAACAGCUUUCUGAGACACUCUGCGAUUCCAGCUGGUAUUCAAUAUGACAACAAGUUUUUGCUGAAUAAUUUAUGGAACUGUUCCUGGAUGGGACUUUAUUGAGCAGCAGCAUGGACACGUCCAACUUUGCCCACGUCAUCUUCCAGAAUGUGGGGAAGAGUUAUCUGCCCCACGCAGCACUGGAGUGUCACUACACCCUGACACAAUUCAUCAAACCACACCCAAAAGACUGGGUGGGCAUAUUUAAGGUUGGUUGGAGCACAGCGAGGGACUAUUACACAUUCUUGUGGUCGCCUCUCCCUGAGAAUUAUGUGGAAGGCACUGCAGUCAACCGAACCGUGGUCUUUCAGGGAUAUUAUGUGCCCAAUGAUGAUGGUGAGUUCUACCAGUUUUGCUACGUGACCCACAAAGGGGAGAUCCGUGGGGCUAGUACACCUUUCCUGUUUCGUGCCAGCAGUCCAACAGAGGACGAGCUGCUGACUGUUGAGGAUGAAUGCAACUCUGACAUCCUAGUAGUCACCACCAAGGCUGGGUAUCUCGAGCAAAAGGUGGAAGAAGCUCAGAGAGAGAAAGAUGAGCUCCUCAAAAACAUGGCCCUCCUUCAGCAGGAGAAAGAGGAGUUGGAGACAGAGAAAGAGAGGCUACAGAAGGAGUGUGAGCAGGAGAAAGAGACCUGUGUUCAGCUGAGACGAGAAAACCAGGAGGUCCAGCAGUCUUCUCAGGCGCUGCAGGAAGAGAAAGAGGAGGUCAAGAGGAGAUUGGAGGAAGCGACAGCUAGAAUUGUCCAGUUGGAGGAGGAUCUGAUUGGAGUCACACAGAAGGGCCUUCAAAAGGAAACUGAGUUGGACAGUCUCAAAGAUAGAGUGAAGAAACUUACAUUAGAGAAGGAGACUCUUGAAUCCCACCUGAAGAAUGAGAAAGAUGAGAAGGAACUCUACAAGAUUCACCUGAAAAACCGGGAGCUGGAGAACACCAAGCUGAGUGCAGAGCUGCAGAUGCUCAAGUCUGUGGAUGUAAACAAGGAAAACACGAUUGCCCAGUUCAAAGAGGAGGUGGGACGCCUGCAGGCAUGCCUCACAGAGAAGGAGAAACAAUACCGAGAGAUCCUGGCCAAAGUUUCACCCUUGGGAGACAUGAAGGCCCUGAAGGAGCAGCUGCGGCAGAAAGAGGAGCAGCUCCAGGCCAACCAGCAGCAGUUCUCUCUGUUGGCCGCUGAGUUGAGGGAUGCGUCCAGCACAAGAGACCGCACCAUGUCUGAACUGUACCACAUGAAGCUAGAGGCAGAUGCUCUUCGGCACGCCAAGGCUGAAGCCCAGGCUCAAUGUGUCCGUCUGGAGCUGCUGGUCGAGCAGAUGAAGGCAGAGGCCAAGCAGGAAGCGGCCAAGGAGGAGGAAGAAGCUGCAACAGACCCGGCUGUUGUGGCAGAGCUGCAAAGAGAGGUGGAGGACCUAAAGCUACGGUUGCACAUGGCUGCAGAACACUACAAGGAGAAAUACAAGGAAUGUCAGCGACUGCAGAAGCAAGUGCUUAAACUCUCUGAACAGCAAGGGGAGCCGAAGAAAAGUUCUGCACAAGAGACUGCUGUAGUUACUGCAUCGGGGAGUCCGGACACUUCAGUGCCAGGAAGUCCAGGUUCAGCUGAUCCCAUGUUGGAAGCAAUCAUCCAGGAGAAGCUGAAGGGCAUCAGCAGAGAGGCUUCUGACAGGAAUGACAAGUACAGAAAAUACAAGCAAAUGCUGAUGGAGGAGAAAGAGCGUUGUUGCAUGUUUGCUGGUGAGCUGGCAAAGAUGGAAGUGAAAUUCAAGGAGCAACUAAAAACCAACGAGAAUCUGAAGUUGCAGCUGGCAGCAGAAGAAGAUCGUUACAAGAGCCAGUUAGCUGAGAAGGGACGAGAGCUGAAGGAGCUGAAGGACACACUUGCUCUUGUUGUGAAGGAGAAGGAAAAACUCGAGGGGGAGCUCCAAAAGGGUAACGGCAAGAAAGGCGACCAGGGGGUCAGUGAGAAAACCAGUGUGGAGAAUCUCCAGUCCAGUGUGCCUUUGUUCCUUCAGUACCCUGUUCCGUAUACCCAAGAUGUCCCAUCUCCUCUUCUGGUUUCUCAGAGCCCCAGCAAGCUGCAGUAUGGGAACCCUUACUCCACUAUAGACUCAAAAGAUGAGACAGAGGAGGAGUUCUCCGAUGAUCAGCAGCUCAGGCUACCCCCUGUAGGCCCCCCCUCCUGGGACAGCAAUGUGGUGUGUAUUCAACCCACUCGCAACCAGAGCCGACCAGAAGGCCACGAGGAGUCGGAGGAAAACAACAACGUCAAUACCAGUGAACAGCCCGCAGUAACAGAAACUCGUAGCCCAUUUGUGAAUGAUGGACAAGCGGCCUUCUGCUUUGAUCCCAGCAUGGACAUGAAACGUUGUCCACUCUGUGAGGUCAUCUUCCCGCCGAACUAUGACCAGAGUAAGUUUGAGGAACACGUGGAAAGCCACUGGAAAAUCUGCCCGAUGUGCAGCGAGCAGUUCCCGCUGGACUGCGACCAGAAGGUGUUUGAGAACCACGUGCUCACUCACUUUGACGGCCACCCGCUCAACUUUGACUAGGAAAACCUAAAAUCAGCACAUCUUGUCUGCCAACUUCCUGUCAACCACUGAAAAGAAUCAAUCACUCAGCACUCUUCUGCAUGUAAUAGUUUGAAGAUCCUCUCUUUAGGAGCAUACUGACUUUCAUUUUCUUACUUUAACAUAGAAACUCACUUUGCGGUGAUAUUUUAAAACAACAUUCUAAUUCAGUGUGUGUUGCAGGGCUAUUGAAAAUGUUUGCGAGAUAAAAUUUCUUCUGUUUUUAGGCUAAAGAUUUAUUUUAAUUUGGAUUUGAAGAAUACUUUUAGGGGAUAAGAAAUGUCUCUCUUUAUACGUACACACACUUACUGAUUAUAUUGAGUUGGCUCUCACAGAUCUGUUAGACUACAGGUUGUAACGUAUCAGGGAAAAAGAUCAGUGUUUACCAAACGUACAUUUUAAACAUGCAAGCAUAUGCUUCCCCCUUAAACAUCGCUGUACAAAUCACCGGUCAACCUUUACAGAAAGCAACCUUGAUGCACUUUAUGCAGUCAGGGAGAAAUCUUCAGUGAUUAUGUCCAUACGUGGUAAUACAGUAUAUCAUCUAUUUUAACAUAACUAAAGCCAACAAUGUUGUGACAGCCUUUGUAUUUUCUGUAAGAUGUAGAUUUGUUUUUCUUAGGUUUCCUUUUGUUUUGAGUCUGAUUAUUUAACCGUCUGCAAAUCCUUAAAAAUCCUCAAAUCAGCUAAAUGAGUGCAUGCUGGGCUUUUGUUAAGUUCCUUUCUUUUGUUCUUGUCUGUUAUGGUAUUAAGUUAUUUCAAUCAGAUACAAUGUUUUCAUUAGUUAGUGAGUUUCAUGUAUCUAAAGUGAACUAAUAAAGUCUCUUUCAAACCAAAUGGUAUCCAAACAAUUGGAA